AUGCUGUGCAUGGACCUGGCUGACCAGAGUUUCUGGACAACGAAGAAGGACGGCCAGGUGCGGCUGCGGAUGGAGAAGAACUCGCUGGCCAGCGAGAGCCCCGUGACCGUGCACGACAUGUUCCUGGACACGGCCACCAAGUUCUCCAACUCGAUCGCGCUGUGCUCCAAGCACAGGGACGGCUGGCAAGUGCUCACCUACAUGGAGUACUACGAGGAGUGCCGCAAGGCCGCCAAGGCCUUCCUCCGGCUGGGCCUGGAGCGCUUCCACAGCGUGGGGAUCAUCGGGGUCAACUCAGAGGAGUGGGUCAUUUCCAGCCUUGGUGCCAUCAUGGCCGGAGGCUUUUCCGUUGGCAUCUUGACCACCGACUCUGCCAAAACCUGCCAGGUCAUAGCCGAGAAUUCGAAAGUGCAGGUCAUUGUGGUGGACGGCACUGUGCAGCUGCAGAAGAUACAAGGUUUCCUGAAGUCCAUCAAAGCGGUCGUGCAGUACAAGGAGGACAUCCGAGCGAAGCUUCCCAACCUUUAUUCCUGGAGCGCGUUCCUGGCCCUGGCGGUGAACGUCUCCGAUGAAAUGCUGGACCACGUCAUUGACUCUCAGAAGCCUAACCAGUGCUGCACGCUGGUGUACAGCCACACCACCUCGGGUCCCCCCAAGGCCAUCAUGCUCAGCCACGACAACAUCACCUGGACCACCUCGGCCAUCGUGCAAAGCCUCUCUUUCAACUGCCCCCCCGAGGGACAGGAGACCAUGGUGAGCUACCUCCCGCUCAGCUGCUUCAGCUCACAGCUCUUCGACGUGUGGGUCUCCAUCUACGUGGCCGGGGUGCUCUACUUCGCCGAGCCGGACGCCCUGCGGGGCUCCCUGCUGGACACGCUGCGGGAGGUGCGGCCCACCACGUUCUACGGAGUGCCCCAGGUCUGGGACCGCAUGCUGGACAAGAUGCGGACUACCCAGCUGGCCGCCUCCGGGUUCCGCAGGAAGCUGGAUGCGUGGGCCAUGCGGCUGAGGCUCCGGAUACAUGCCAGGCAGAUGCUGGGACAGGAGCGGCUGCCACUGUGCUCCUGCUUGGCUCGGAGGCUGACCUUUGACCCCGCCCGGAGGUUUCUGGGCCUGGACCAGUGCCGCCAGCUCUUCAACACGGGGAUCGGGCUCCCCAUGGACACGCUGCUCUACUUUCUCAGCCUGGACAUCCCCAUCUGUGAGCUGUACAGCCUGGAUGAAUGCACAGGCGUCCACGCGCUCGGCAGCCCCGGAGAAUUCCGGCCAACGAGCUGUGGGAAGGAGCUACCCGGUACCCACACCAAGAUCAUCAAACAGGAAGAGGAGGGUACCGUCGGCGCCGUGCACGUGUGGGGCCGCCAUGUUUUCAUGGGCUACCUCCACAACAAGGCCAGUACGCAAGAGACGCUGGACGCCUAUGGCUGGCUGCACACUGGGGACAUGGGCUACCUGGAUGAAGAAAACUUCCUAUACCUCUCAGGCAACGUCCAAGAAAUGAUCACCCUCAAAUCGGGCGAGAAGAUUAACCCGCUGCCCAUGGAGGAGCGGCUGAAGCUGCUGAUUCCCAUUGCUCGCUAUGUUGUGCUGGUGGGGCAGGAUGCCCCGUACCUGUGCGCUCUGCUCACACUUAAGUGCCAAGUCAACCCAGAGUCGGGGGAGCCCCGGGAUGCCCUGACCACUGAGGCUGUCGGCUUCUGCCAGCACCUUAAGAGCACGUCCACCAGGCUGACGGAUAUCCUGUAUGACGGAGACCCCAUCAUCACCGAGUUUAUCAACCAGGCUGUCAACAAGGUCAACUCGGAAGCCACCGAGCCCAACUCCAAGAUCAUAAAGUGGAGGAUUCUGGACACCGAUUUCACCAUGGAGAGCGGGGAGCUCGGUGCGAACACAAAAGUGAAGCGGGCCUUGGUGACCAAAAUGUACCAGGCGGAGAUUGAGAACUUCUAUGAAGAGGAUGAGGAGGAGGAAGACUAG